UUUGCGGAUGAUUAGCUAUUAUUUACGCAUUUAAUCUUACGCCAGAGAGUCGGAAUACCGAAACAAAGUCUCCUACCUUUGAGAUUAAAGACCAUCUAUUAGAUAGGAAAAAAUAAUCUUCAAUAUCUGGAAGAUAUACGGAAGGAUCUUAUAUAUAUAUAUAUAUAUAUAUAGACAAUGUCAUAUAUUUUAGCGCUUAUCCUGACGUCGAGUCGGAAUCCAUAAGACAUAUAUAGGUAUAAAGAUUCGAACAAGGAGCAUCGCCUUAUACUUGUAGUCGUGUAGUGACGUAAAAUAUUAUAUAGAGGGGCGGCAGGAGAACGACUGCGAAGGAAGAGAGCGAGUAUUGUCAGAGAGUGAUUGUUUCGCUCAUAUACGAGAGCAUAUGUAAGUAGAUUUUAUCGACUGGCUUCUGGGAAAAAUUAUUUAAGUUGUGAACUUAUGGUAGUAAGAGGGAAGCACAGCUUGUUUUGGUAUUGAGAACCGAGUUUGAUAGGCAGAUUGAGUUCCGCACUCUCCUUAAAGGCUUUUUUACAAGUUAAGCCGAGCGUAGUUGAUUUUCUCAUGAUUUACAAAGCUAAACAUUGGCUUCAACUAUAGUGUAACCAAAAUACCAAAUCUCCAUUCAUGAGAAAGUUCAGAACAAAAAAGACAGGAAGCAAAAAUUUGUGUUAUUGAAGAGAUAGAAGAAAUAUUCAACUUUUCAGGCAUUCAAUUGCAUAUUUUCUGCCGCACUCCUGGCAGCAAUAAUUUAAUAAGUAUUGAAAUGUUAACUUUACACAUGUAAUUACCAAUAAUACCACGGUUUUACACACAAUAUUUAUAAAAAUAAAAUCAAUGUUCCGCCGCAGCAAAACGCUUGCUAGAAAAAGCACUACAGGAAAAUGCAAAUAAUAUUGCUCGCUUGUCGUCGCUUCUAUGUCAGCGGCAGCAGCGUUUUCUACGACCGACCGUAUGUGUUGGUCUAAGCUUUUUUGCCAUGCGUCUGCAUGAUAUAAUAACGGAUUGAGCUGUGAACUCGUUUUACUAGUUGCCGCACGCCACAGCAAUUGCUACAAAGCUGCUGCACGCGUACCUUUAGCCAAAAAUCUCCACAAGCCAAGCGCACAGUUCUUUGUUGCAUGCCGCAACAAACGGUCGUUAGCUCCCUCGAAACGCUGUUAAAGUUGAAGAGUGCGCGCGUAGCACUAAAACAUUGCAUACAUUGUGUGAAUUGAACAGAAAACGCACACCGUUAGUCGGCGCAACUUUUGUAUUGAGUUAACGCUUCGCUCUAAUCAAUUUUACCGAACAUAAUGCGCGUCGUACGCAUCCUUUUUGGUGUCGCGUUCUUUGUCGCCAGCUGUGCUGCAUAUGAGUUAUUUGAGUUAAGCGCAGCUGCAAACACAAAACUCGACUUGCAGGAGCGUAGUCGGCGCAGCUUUGAUGUGGGCUGGCUGCUACGAAAUUUGCUGCUAAAUAGCGCCACCGCUAGCGAUUUGAAGUCGAAUAUGACGCGCACCAUUGCCGCAUCUAAACUACAACCACCACCGCCAACAACGAGGCGACCGAGAACAACGCGUCCGCCAACUACACCGGCACCGGCACCGCCUCCACCACCGCCGCCGCCAUUCAAUCCGUUCUUUAACAAGUUUGCUUUAUUUGCCAGCUCGUCAGAUUUGUGGAACCCAACAAUGCGCCCCACAACCACAACUACUACCACCACGACCACUGAGGCGCCUGAGACAACACCACCACCGCCUCCGCCUCCGUCAAGACGUCCGCGUCCACGCCCAAAACCAUAUCCACGUCCACCUGGUUUCAAUAGACCACCAUACCCUUAUGACUAUGACUCUUUUUAUCCAUCUGGGUUUGAUGGCUCUCUGUCUCGCGGUAACCCGCGCUUUGGUCCUGUGGAUUAUGAUUAUAAUGAUGGGCCUACCGCACAGUCGGCGCCACCACCGCCACCACCAGCACCACCAUCUGCGCCACGCAAAGCCGCACGCAAUCGUCAACGCCCUGCAGCUCCACCGCCAGCGCCAACCCAACCGGCACUACCACCAAUGCCACAAAUUAGGCGUCGACCAGCAGCAGCAUCAGCAGCACCACCACCGCCACCAACUAGGUCUCGACCACCGGCAUCAGCACCUGUACCACCACAACCACAACGCGAUCGGCUUUUGUAUCAGUACGCGCCACGAGAUGAUACCUUUUACAAUGAAAGUAAUGAUGAUGUAGCCGGACCGCCGGAAGACGCACCCGAAGCAGAUAUUCCAACAGAAGAAGAAGACGACAAUAGUAAUGCAGCACCGGCGAGCGCUGACGCGACGAACGGCGUUGUAGGUGAUGAAAAUGAAAUACCUGAAAGUGAUGAUGAUGUUGGACCACCGCCCGAAGUUCUAUCACCUUCCUUUGGUCGGCGUCCCAACGCAAGGCCACCGCCCUCGUCACCUUUUGCGUCGCCAUCUUACUAUGAUGCAAUUCCCUCUUCUCCAUAUAACUCCGGUUCCUUUAACGCUGGCUCGGGAUUUAGCAGUUCCUCUUUCGGCUUCAAUCGUGCUAGUCCUGCUAAGGGUGCAUAUCAGUUCCGUGAUGCCUUCUCUGAUUUUCAAACCAGCUACGACGGUGGUCACUUUCAGCCAAGCGGCUUUGGUUCAUACAAAUAGUCUUUUAAUUAGGUGUGUAAUAUAAUUGUUUAGUUUAUUAUGAACUUAUUUUUUAGACCAUGUCUUAUCAGAGUUUCACUGUAUUAAGUACAGUGUGUACCUAUGUACUUUUUUUGUUAAAUUUAUCAAGCAUGUAUUUUGUAAUUUGUUAAGAAAUGUUGUAAUAAAAAUGCAUACAAA